AUGGACCCUCUUUCAUUAUCUUUCCGUUCAACCGUCUCAACCCGACCACCACCACCACUGUCGUUAUCGACACCACCUUCUCAAUUUCGUAUUUUGUCGGUCCGAAACGGAGAAAAGCCGCAAACCGUCACAAGCACCACCAAGAGGUCUAGUCAAGAUCGAUCAAAAUGGCCAACAAUCACCUCGAACGAUAAGAAACGCGUUACAAAAUCAGCGAAGAUCGACUGGUUGUUACUUUCCAUGAUCUUCAAUGCAUUUGAUGAUAUCAUAAACAAAUUCAUAGAUCCACCAACUCGGGAUUCGGUUAACCCGUGGCAUGUCUUGUUGGAUAACUUUUAUCCGGUUGAUGAACUCCCUCCUACCGACUGUGAAGUCAGUGAGGGUAUGCUUCUGAGUUGCCUUGAUGGGGUUUACUUUCGCAAUGGGCCUAACCCGCAGUUUCUACCACGAGGUCCGUACCACCUUUUCGAUGGCGAUGGCAAGUUCCAUGCUAUUCGUAUCUCUAAAGGAAAAGCCAUGUUAUGUAGCCGAUAUGUGAAGACAAACAAGUAUAACAUAGAGAAAGAUGCAGGGUUUCCCAUGAUCCCAAAUGUUCUUUCCGGUUUCAAUGGUUUGACCGCCUCUAUGGUGGUGAUGGUGGCGACUAACAUAUUAUCGAUUGAGCAUCUGUUGGAGAGGAUGGAUUUGAUGCAUGCAUCGGUAGAGAAGCUAAGGAUCAAUAUAAAGACGGGGAUGGUAACAAGACACCCUCUUUCAGCUCGCAAUCUAGAGUUAAGCGUCAUCAACCGGGCUUUUGGCACCAUAAAAAACAGGUAUAUAUAUUGUGGUAUUGCAGAUCAAACGCCUAAGAUUUCAGGGGUCGUCAAACUGGAUAUGGCAUUAUCAGAAGUUCAUCAUCAGGAAUGCAUAGUGGCUUGUCGGAUGUUUGGGUCGGGUUAUUUUGGCGGUGAACCGUUCUUUGUGGCUAAGGAACUUGAUAACCCUGAUGCCGAUGAGGAUGAUGGGUACAUAGUUUCUCUUGUGCAUAAUGAG